CGGUAUAACGGAAACGAUAACUGAUUAAAUGGCAGUGUAAGUCUACAAUUUGCACGUAGUAGUGUACAGUUUGUUUUGCUACUCUUCCAAACCUUACUGAAUUAAUUUCUUUGCUUAUCAUCAGUUCCCAUCAACCGAACAUUAUUUCUGCAAUCACUAAACAAAAGACUACAGGAUACGGUUAUACUCAUAUAUUUAAAUGUGAAAGAAAUAGAAACGACAGCAAAGAAAUACUUUUCAGAGCGCCGAAAUUAUGUACCAGUAAAAAUCCAAAACACCUACAAAUAUAGGAAACAUGAAUUACACAUGGAUGAAUACCUGAAGUACGUUGGAGCGGGCUCCCUCACAGUCGCAGCAUUAGCUGCAGCUGCAGUCAUGUUACACAAAUCCCCUGAACCCUAUCGACCGAUGGUGGAUCUUUCGCAUCAGUCCGCAGUUGUAGAAGGCAGAGAAAAAAUCAGGAAAUCUGUAAUGCCAGAGAGUUCAAAUGUAAAUAAUUCCAAUGAUGUAACAACUCUUUAUGAAGCAGUGUUAAAAGGAGCUUCACUGUCUGUGUCUGGAAAACUCUUAGGGUGGCGACCAAAUCCGACUGCCCCUUACACGUGGUUAACUUACAAUGAUGUAUUGGUUAAGUCAGCAAAUGUAGGAGCUGGAUUAAUAAAAUUAGGACAAAAUCCUUCAAAUACUACACACAUUGGGAUCUAUUCACAAAAUAAUCCUGAGUUUUUUAUUGUUGAACAAGCUUGCUAUAUGUACUCAAUGGUCCUCAUCCCUUUAUAUGACACAUUAGGACCAGAUGCUGCAACGUAUAUUGUUAAUCAAGCCGAAAUUUCUUUGGUUGUUUGUGACAAAAAUUCUAAACUGAAAAAUUUGCUGAAGCAAAAAAGUAAAAUGGUAUCCUUAAAGACAGUAGUGUUGAUGGAAGCUCCAGACAGUGAAUCUUUGUCUUUGGCCAAAUCGACCGGUGUAAAAGUGGUCUUGUUUGAAGAAUUAGAGAAAUUAGGAGAAGAGAACCCACACAAGCUUGUGCCUUGCAAAUCAACAGAUGUAUGCAUAAUUUGUUACACAAGUGGUACAACUGGUAUCCCCAAGGGUGCCAUCCUUACACAUAAAGGAAUGUUAGCAGCAGUUAUUGCAAGUACAAGACAGAUGCAUAUCAUUGGCUGUGAAGAUGUAAUGAUAUCUUACUUGCCAUUAGCUCACGUCUACGAAAGAUUUGUUCAAGUGAUGCUUUAUAUUGCCGGUGGUUCUAUUGGUUUCUUCAGUGGUGAUGUCAAAAAACUAAUGGAUGAUAUUAAAGUUCUAAGGCCCACUAUAUUCCCCUCAGUACCACGGUUAUUAAACAGAUUAUAUGACAAAAUUUUAGAAAAAGUAAAUUCAAGCAAAGUAAAGCAAUGUGUGUUCAACAUGGCAUUAUCUGCCAAAGCAAGUGAAUUAGAAAGAGGUAUUCUUCGCAAUAACAGUUGGUGGGAUAAAUUAAUUUUUCGUGAAAUUCAAAAAACUUUAGGAGGACGUACAAAGUUGAUUACGACAGGUUCUGCACCAUUAUCACCAAAAGUUCUUUCAUUUCUACGUUGUGUUUUUGGUUGCAUGAUAAUCGAAGGUUAUGGCCAAACUGAAACCCAUGGUGUAUGCACCCUUCAGCAUCUUGGAGAUAUGAGCAUUGGAGUAGUUGGUCCACCAUUAAGUUGCAGCUAUAUAAAACUUGCUGAUAUUCCUGAGAUGAACUAUUUUGCUGAUAACAAUAAAGGCGAGAUUUGUGUCAAGGGUGAUAACAUAUUCAGUGGUUAUUUCAAAAAUGAGGAGAAAACCCAGGAAGUUUUUGACAGUGAUGGCUGGUUACACACCGGUGAUGUUGGUGAAUGGUUACCAAAUGGAACUUUGAAAAUCAUUGACAGAAAGAAAAACAUUUUUAAGCUAUCACAGGGAGAAUAUAUAGCUCCUGAAAAAAUUGAAAACAUUUACAUUCGUAGUCGUUUUGUUGCCCAGAUAUUUAUACAUGGAGAUAGUUUGCAAUCUUGUUUAGUUGGAAUUUGUGUUCCUGAUGAAGAAGUUCUCUCCAAAUAUGCUGCCCAAGAAUAUGGCUUAGAGAAUUGUUCCGUAGCACAGAUGGCUCAAGACCCUAGAUUAAAGAAAGACAUAUUAGACGAUGUUGUUAAGCUUGGCAAAGAGGGUAAUUUGAAUUCAUUUGAACAGGUGAAAUCUUUACAUCUCCACUCAGAGCUGAUGACCAUUGAAAAUGGACUGUUAACGCCUACUAUGAAGAUGAAACGACAAGACGUCGCCAAAUAUUUUCACUUACAGAUCGAAAACAUGUACAAUAUUUUGAAUAAAUAAAGCAGUUUGUGUAAGCGCCAUUGCAGUUCUGUACUCACACAGGAUUUACAGUAGCACCAUG